GGGAGCGCGCCUCAAAGUCCGUGAGGGUGGAGCUGUCACGCGUGGUGUCAUCGAGGUGCACUGCACAUGCGCAGAGCGUGUCACAGGCUGUAUUCAACAGCCCUGCACCGAGCUGUUCCUCCGCCGUGUUCCGGAACCAUGUCGUCCCCUGCGCGUACCGACCUGGGCCGGGCGCUCUGCAUCAUCACGGGUUCCUCCAGAGGCUUCGGUCGGGCCAUAGCGAGGGAGAUGUCUCGGUUGGUGAAGCCGGGAUCGGCGCUUGUCCUAACGGCCCGUUCCGUUGAUGACCUGCGGUCUCUGCAGGCGGAGCUGGCCGAGUCGGAGGCAGGCAGAGCCGGCGUGGUGGUUGUGUGUGUGGUGGCAGAUGUGAGUCAGAAGGAAGGACUGGAGAGCAUCGUCAGAGCGUCUCAAGACGCCUUCUCCGAGGACAUGGACCACGUGCUGCUGGUCAACAACGCUGCCUCUCUGGGGGAUGUGUCCCGCUAUGCCAAGAGCUUCAGCGACAUGGCCGAGGUGGACUCUUACUUGUCUCUCAAUGUCAGCUCCUCCCUUUGCCUCACUGCCAGCGUCCUGCAGACGUUUCCACAGCGUCCAGGUCAGCGGCGCACCGUCAUCAACAUCACCUCCUUGUGCGCUCUGCAGCCUUUCCGGUCCUGGGUGCUGUACUGCACCAGCAAGGCUGCCCGAGAGAUGAUGUUCAGGGUGCUGGCCGAAGAGGAGCCGGACCUCCGGGUGCUCAGCUACUCCCCAGGGCCUCUGGACACAGCCAUGCAGACGUUGGCCAGAUCCAGAACAGCUGAUCCCAGCAUCAGGAAGUCUUUCUCCGACAUGUUCGCUCAGGGCCAGCUGCUCACCUGUGAGGCGUCCUGUGCCAAGCUGAUGAAGCUCCUUCUGGAAGACAACUACACGACAGGGGCUCACAUCGACAUCUAUGACGUCUAGACACAGCAAGAGUACAGAUUAUAUCUCUGUGCAUUGAUUUGGAUUGAAACUCUAUUGAGUUAUAUCUGCAGCUUACCUCUUAUACUUCAGUCCUAAGUGAAACACGUAGUGAUUGAAUCAACAUUCACUGUGAAUCUUACUUCUAUAGUUUGUAGCCUUCUCUUUUGAAAAUGACCAAUAUGACAGCCUGAAUAUCAAGGUGAUGUUCAUCCCAUGCACAUUGAAAACAUUCCAGUACAGAAGUUGAGUCUCCACGUGCCAGUGAUGUAGCAGUCAGUAAGGAAGUCUUCAGCUUUCUAAUCACACACGUAUACAGCAGCCAGAGCUCAAGGAGACAUGGUGGUGUGUCCUCUGAGCAUCUGAAGGUCCCCGAUGCCUCAGGACAACCUUUGCUCUGUUACACCAUGAGUCGUCUGCAGCUCACACAGGAUCCGGCCUCCUUCACUUUUCAUCUAAACAUCUACGGGGGAUUUAUCAGCAGAAAAAUAAUAAAGUAUUCAUAAUUAUGUUUUCAUUAGCAGGAGUAGACGAUCACUUUGGGAAGAUUAAAAGCGAUCCUCAUUAGGCCAUUGAAAACUGUUGUUUGGCGCUGGUGUCGUCCCUGUGGACGAAGCGCUCUGCGGUCUGAAAGCAGGGCUUCUGCUGUGGGAGCCCGGCUCGCUGGUGGGCCCUAGAGGAAGAGCCCGAUGCUGACGAUGCCGCUGCUCAUUAGUGUGUAAGAGUUGUUGUGUUUUGGUUCCUUCAAAUCUGCAUAGGGAGCAGGUCCUCUUCAUAUCCUGCAGCCCAGAAAGGACCAACAGACACUCGCUCUCGAGAGGCACAUUCACGUUGUGACGUUACCUGAAGGCACCGUCGUAUGUCCACAGGAUGCCAGUUCCAAUCUGUAUCGACGGGUCCCAAAUAGUCUUGGGACCUGGUUUAGUGUGAGAUGGAUCUAUAGGCCCAGUCAAAAGCCCCAGAAGCUCUGCAAGACGCCAUCAAGUCCAACACACUGCUGCUUUACAUUUGUUCAGAAAAGUUGAAGAAGAGAACAAGAAGAAUGACCCAUCUGUGUCCCCUAACUAAACUCUUCAUUCCAACCCGAGUGAAGCCGGGCUGGACGUUGAAGCUGCUUACUGGUGAUGUAUCUUGAUAAGAUGUUCAGUGAACAGUGAUGGGUGCUGCUGUAAUGCUGAGUCAUUUCAAUAUGUUUCAGCUGUUAUCCAAAUGUGCUUUGUUAACUUGAUACUGUUAAUUACAUAGAUGCAAUACUGA